AUGUUUUCUCUCACGUUCUGUUUUGAUGCUCCACAGGGCAUAGUAGCGUGCGCGGCUGGUUUUGCUGACGCCUUGGGACAGGGCCAAUGCACGAAGGGGGCCAUACUGCGGGCUGGCAUACUGGAAAUGAUUCGCUUCAUUGAUGUGUUUCACCCGCAGAGUCGUCUCUCCACGUUCUUCGAAUCGUGCGGACUUGCCGAUCUGGUAUCGUCGUGCAAUAUUGGUCGCCACAGGCGUCUUUCUGAAGAAUUUGCCAGAACUGGUAAGACAGUAGAAGAACUGGAGCAGGAAUUACUGCAUGGAAAUCGGCUACAAGGCCCCCAUAUCGCCAGAGAAACUUAUAAUGCAAUUGUUCACGAAGAUUGUGUUAACAGUUUUCCAUUAUUUGUGACAGUCCAUAAAAUUUUCGAAAAGGAACUCCUUCCAGAUGAAAUUUUGAGAAGUAUUGCUAGCCGCACUGAACAUAUAUAAAUCUAAGAGAGUUAUUUAUCAGUUAAUCAUUCAAGAUUCGGCAAUAUAAGCUAUAGUUCCC